AUGGAAGAAUCUUCACAAGCUUCUUUGGCAGAUGGCUCGAUGCCAGAAACGCCAAUGAUAGAUGACUCAGUGUCAAAAACUCCCAAGAUAGAGGGUUCGAUGUCAGAAACUCCCAUUAUAGAUAGCUCAAUGCCUGACGCUCCCAUGAUAAAUGGCUCACAUAAAGUGGGGAAGGAGACUCUAAGAGACAAGUUGAGCAGCCAAGUGUACAGAAGUCGUGUGAUACACUCCAUCUGGUUGUCAGCAUCAAGCUUCACACUGGGCAUCAUCUUUGGGCAGCAGGGACCAACAUUCCUGGAUCUGCAGAUCAUCACCGGCACUGAUGUAGAGUCUGCCUCAUUUUUCUUCACCGCUGCAUCUUUUGGCUACAUGGUUGGCUCAUUUGUCAGUGGAUUUCUGCAUGGCAAGGUGAACAACAAUGUGCUGAUGUGCAUCAUCAACUGUGGAGCAGGCGUGGCUGCGAUUAUCACUCCCUACUGCUCUCCUUAUCCUUUGAUGAUUGUCUUCAGAUUUCUGACCAACAUGUUCUGUGGAGCUAUCGACACUUUGGUCAAUGCCGAACAUAUGCACAUUUGGGGCAAGGAAGGGAGAGCACUAUUACAGUUUAUACAUUUUGUAUUUGCUUUGGGUGGAGUUGUCACCCCACUGAUUACAGAACCAUUUCUGGCUGCAAAAGGUGCGGAACAUGAAUUGUUGUCAUCAGUGAAGAAUUUGAAUGUUACCGUAAAGGUCACAGAUGGGAUAGCUGUUGUUUAUAAUGAAACACAUUCACACAAUCAAACAGGAUAUGGAGUAGCUGUUGUUUACAAUGAAACACAUUCACACAAUCAAACAGGAGAUAGCUUUGGGAGACCUUUGACUACUAAUGUACAUUAUGCCUUCCUGAUAGCAGGCCUGAUUGCAGUGAUGAUUGCUGUUCCAUAUGUCAUUCUCAUAUUUAUUGACAAAAGGUCAGAGUCCUCAUCAGAAAACAAAUACACCCAGAAACUACGUUCCAGACAACUGCCUCUACCAAUGUAUAUAUUCAUGCUUGUAGUGCUGUGUUUUUUCUAUGUAGUCUAUUGUUGUAUAGAAGAUACCUUUGCCUCAUUUCUCAUGACAUUCGUAGUGAGGGAGUACGAGAGUGUCACCAAAUCUCAGGGAGCAUAUAUCACCAUGUUUUAUUGGGCAUCCUUCGCUGCUGCCCGUUUCGGGAGCAUUUUUGUGUCCUCUUAUUUAACAGCUGUCAGAUCCAUGCACCUCUACUGCUUUCUGAUGGUUGUGGCCUACACUGGCUUCACAUUGAGCGCUGUGCAUGCACACAUUGAUUCUCUAACAGCCUUCGCCUGUAUGGCAGGCAUCUCUAUGUCUGGACUCUUCCCCGCUGGCUUCUCCUGGACGGAAGCUGAACUCUUCCCUGUCACUGGAUGGGUAUCCUCCUACAUUCUCAUUGGCAGCUCUUUAGGUAUGAUGGUCAACCCCAUGAUUGUGGGCUUCCUGAUGAAGCACGUGUCCAACAUGUGGUUCUGCUAUAUCCUGCUGGGCGAGGCACUGCUCUUGUCUGUUGUAUUCUUCUUCCUUCUGAUGUUCAAUCGCUGUUACAUAAACAAGAUCUAUGGUACUGUUGCAAAUGCCACAAGUUUGGAGAUCACUGUUGAUGCAUCAAAAACAGAUGCAGACACUUCAGAAAUAACAGUGUCAGUCAAAUGUUAA